AUGGCUUCCGCCCCGGAAUACAUGAAAUUCACAGGACAUCGGUCCUUUGCGCAACGACUUGUUCUCUCGACUCUUACCGGAAAGCCCGUCCACAUUUCCAAGAUCCGCAGUUCAUCGCCGACACACCCAGGUCUUGCGCCUCAUGAGGUCUCCUUCCUCCGACUCCUCGAAGCUGUCACCAAUGGAAGUUCAAUGCAAAUUUCGUACACCGGUACGACGAUAACGUACCACCCGGGUCUAAUUACCGGAACUCUGGCCGGUUUUGGCGCAGCCGAAGGCGACGUCAUCGAACACAACCUGCCGGCAAACAACAACCGCGGCGUUACCUACUUCCUCCUCCCGCUCUGCCUCCUUGCGCCAUUCUCUAAAGCGCACGUCAACGUCCGAUUCUCUGGCCCCGGUGUCAUUACAUCUGCGACAGAGACUGGUGACAUAUCUGUCGACUCCUUCCGUACAGCCAUCCUGCCUCUUUUUGGUCUUUUCGGAAUCCCGCCGGCGCGAAUUGAGUUGAGGGUACUGCAGCGCUCCUGUCCCGGCAAAGGCGGCAGAGGCGGAGGCGGUCUUGUGGAACUUAGAUUCGCAUCCCAGGUCCGACUUCCGAAAACGCUUCACCUGAACCGAAACCCUGGCAAGAUAAGGAGGAUACGAGGUGUGGCGUACUGCACUGGGGUUUCAGCAUCCAACAACAGCAGAAUGAUCCACUCUGCAAGAGAGGUCCUGAACGCCUUGGUGUCAGAUAUUCAUAUUGCAGCCCAGUAUGACCAAGCGCCACUGGUUACGGCCGCGGAUAAGUCGAAGACGCGGAACGGCAUCGGCUUCGGUCUGAGCUUGGUUGCCGAAUCUAGCUCUGUUGGUGUGCUGUACUCUGCGGACGUGGUCGCACCGCCCGUUGGAGGUGUCGUGCCCGAGGAUAUCGGCAAGAACUGUGCUUACCAGCUGUUGGAGACCAUCGCGCAAGGAGGAUGCGUUAGCAGAUCUUCCGCCGGCACCGUCUUGACACUUAUGGCUAUGGGCUCCGAGGACGUGGGAAGAUUAAGGAUAAGCAGAGACGUCAUAGGGACGGAGGAAAUGGUUGGGUUGGCCAGAGAUUUGCGAGCAUUCGGCGCAAGCAGCUGGGGCUUGCGGGACGUUGACGACGACGAUUCAACAGACAUUUUCGUUUCGGUGAAGGGCAGCGGCGUGGGUAAUAUUGGUCGCAAGAUCGCUUAG